GGCCGGUCUUCGUGAAAACCUAAAGAGCAAACAUCUGCUGGCUCACUUGUAUGAUCUCAUAGUGAACAACCAAGGUGUCGAAGGAGGUUAUCUAUAGAUGCCUCGCUCGUUAGAUUUAAAUUGUUCAGACGUAUCAUCAGCAGUAUGUAAGAGCAGCAGCUUUGCCAACUACAUAUUCAAAAAGGAAGAAGAAGAAAAGACUAAGAUCGAGGAGAUCCAAAUUCCAUCGGCCUCAGAGUUGUCUAAGAAGUUCAAUGUGGAUUUCAAGCCCACACGUGGAGGAAUCAGGGGCAUCAACUUCCAGACACCGGAGGAAGGCGGCGGCGAAGCAAACACGCUUUAUCUGCCGGAGAUCAAACUGGAAUCCGGCUCAGAAGUGGUGCUGAGAAACUUGGUGGCGUAUGAAUUGAAGCUGCAUUAUUCGCCGCCGCACAUUCACCUGGAUCCAAAUUAGAGCUUACAGAUUACGUUGAUUUGAUGUAUGUGCGGCAUUGUGGAUACGACUGAAGACGUCAAGUUACUGCGCAACAACGGUAUUAUUGAAGAAGGCGGUCUGAGCGACGAAAAAAUCGCAGAAAUGUUCAACGGGAUUAACAGAUCCGCCGGCGGCGGCGAGCAGUCGGAGAGCCAGAAGGCGGUGGAGGAAUUGGAGAGCAAGAUGAUGUGGAAAAGGGCGUAUAAGUUUUGCAACAAGAUCGUGAAGUGUACAAAGGAAUUACUUGUCAAGAAACCGGCAAUUAUAGCCAUGAAAUAUCUCACCUCUAUCUUCUUGGCAGCUCUGCUAAUACUGCAAGCAUAUUGUGACAUCUAUGACUGCAGCCGCAAGGAAUCUCAGACAACCAAUAUUGCAACUCGUUUAAUGUCUGUUAUUUAAUUUGUUACGUUUCAUCCUGCUAUAUAUGCAUGUCAGAAAAUAAUUUGAAGGAAAAUUUGUUGUUCUUA